AUGUCCCCAGGCCGGGGGCCAUCAUGGCCCCAGGCCGGGGACCAUCAUGGCCCCAGGCCGGGGGCCAUCAUGGCCCCAGGCCGGGGGCCAUCAUGUCCCCAGGCCGGGGACCAUCAUGUCCCCAGGCCGGGGGCCAUCAUGUCCCCAGGCCGGGGGCCAUCAUGUCCCCAGGCCGGGGACCAUCAUGUCCCCAGGCCGGGGGCCAUCAUGUCCCCAGGCCGGGGGCCAUCAUGUCCCCAGGCCGGGGACCAUCAUGUCCCCAGGCCGGGGGCCAUCAUGUCCCCAGGCGGGGGCCAUCAUGUCCCCAGGCCGGGGACCAUCAUGUCCCCAGCCGGGGGCCAUCAUGUCCCCAGGCCGGGGGCCAUCAUGUCCCCAGGCCCGGGGACCAUCAUGUCCCCAGGCCGGGGGCCAUCAUGUCCCCAGGCCGGGGGCCCAUCAUGUCCCCAGGCCGGGGACCAUCAUGUCCCCAGGCCGGGGACCAUCAUGUCCCCAGGCCGGGGCCAUCAUGUCCCCAGGCCGGGGGCCAUCAUGUCCCCAGGCCGGGGACCAUCAUGUCCCCAGGCCGGGGACCAUCAUGUCCCCAGGCCGGGGGCCAUCAUGUCCCCAGGCCGGGGGCCAUCAUGUCCCCAGGCCGGGGGCCAUCAUGUCCCCAGGCGGGGGCCAUCAUGUCCCCAGGCCGGGGACCAUCAUGUCCCCAGGCCGGGGACCAUCAUGUCCCCAGGCCGGGGGCCAUCAUGUCCCCAGGCCGGGGCCAUCAUGUCCCCAGGCCGGGGGCCAUCAUGUCCCCAGGCCGGGGCCAUCAUGUCCCCAGGCCGGGGACCAUCAUGGCCCCAGGCCGGGGACCAUCAUGGCCCCAGGCCGGGGACCAUCAUGGCCCCAGGCGGGGGCCAUCAUGUCCCCAGGCCGGGGACCAUCAUGGCCCCAGGCCGGGGACCAUCAUGUCCCCAGGCCGGGGGCCAUCAUGUCCCCAGGCCGGGGACCAUCAUGGCCCCAGGCCGGGGACCAUCAUGGCCCCCGGCCGGGGACCAUCAUGGCCCCAGGCCGGGGACCAUCAUGGCCCCAG